CGGGCCGGGGGCGGUGCUCGGGGCAGGGGCGGUGCCCCAGGGGCCCGGUGACGCGCGGAGGCCGGGCUCUGACGUCACAGAGCCCUGCCGGGCCCCGCCCGGCGCUGGAGGGCUGUGCCGCGGGCACCGCUUCAGCAGUGCCGGCAGCGGCAGCGGCGCGGGGCAGGCGCAGGGGGCCAUGGCCCCCACCCGCCUCCUCCUCCUCGUCCUGGUGGCCCUGCAAGCCCGGCGUGUCAGCGGUGCGCGGUGGCGAGCGCGGGGAUUAGGCGUGCGGGCAGCUGUGCCCGUAGCCAGUGGCCACCCGAAUUCUCCGCCGGAUCUUCUCUGGGAGCCUCAGGGCGAUCCCACAGACGUGGCUGGAGGCGAUGGCUACCCAGCUUCCCAGCCGGCUUCCAGGGCUGACGCUCAGGGAGAUCGCGUGGAUGUGGGUGCAGGGAGGGCUCUUCCCGCUUCUCGGCUGGAUCUUGCGCUGGAGCUCACCUGGCAUCGCAGGGGUCCUCCGAGAGCCAAGUACAGAGCGGAAAUGGAAAAAUCUUCCCCGCGGUCAUCAGAAGUCCUAGAGGGAGUCCUGAAGGAACUGGACAAAGCAGCACAUGAGACGGACCAAGAGACUGUGGAGAACGAGGCGUUUCAGGGAGGACGCAGUCAGGCAGUGAGAGUGUCUGAUGCAAAAACGGGGGCAAUUCAGUCAACAGGCCUCCCAGUUCUGUCCAAGCCCGGGAACGCCCACCGCGCCAGGAUAUAUGGAUUUUUUCGAAGCAGUCCAGUUCUGUCCAAGCCCGGGAACGCCCACCGCGCAGGGACAUAUGAAGUUUUUCGAAGCAGUCCAGGUGUGGGUGGCAAGACAAAUGCAAAUGCUGCGGGUCAUGGAAACUUCAUGGAGUACUGCGUGGAGGGUGCCAUGGCAGUCCUGGGCUCCAUGCUGCUUGGGAUGGUGUUUUGUUGUGUGUUCCACCUGUGGAGGAAGCGAAAACAGUGA